AUGGACGGAUCGUCUGUGAGCCCCCUUCCCUGCGAGGCUCCGCUAGCGAUGAUGGAAAGCGAGAAGACGCCACCGAGAAGUCCCAGCCAGCACGACAUGCCGCCACCGCCGGACGAAAAGCGAUACGACAACGAUGACGAUCACGUCUGGAACUGUGGCGCAUGGUUCGAGUACAUACUGGUCGUGGUCGUCUCGUCGAUCCUGCUGAUCGCCGCCUCGGUGUUGACCAUCUUCUGGACGAUCUACUACCGGAAGGGCUUCAACAUGGAUGACCCGAAGCUGCAGUUCAACCUUCAUCCCGUCCUCAUGAUCGGUGGCUACAUCACGCUAUCCGGCUUCUCCAUCCUGCUCUACCGGAUCUGCCGAUGCUGCUCGCAUCUGAUCGUCAAGCUGUGUCACACCUUCUUCCACGCCUGCUCGAUACCGUGCAUAGUGAUCGGCUUCAUGGCCGUCUGGGACUCGCACAACCAGCAGCAGAUCCCGAACUUCUACUCGCUCCACUCCUGGCUCGGCUUGAUCACGAUGGGACUGUUCGCGCUGCAGUUUGUGCUGGGAUUCUUUAGCUUCCUCAUCCUGCUGUGCUGCGAGAACGCAACUUACAAGUUCCGUUCCACCAUGGUUCCGAUCCAUGCCAGCUUCGGAGUGGCCACGUUCAUGCUGGCCGUCGCUACCGCGGUCACUGGUUUGACUCAGAAGGCUCACUUUGAACUCGGUGAAAAUUAUUCCCAAACCAUCGAAGAGGGCAUCAUCAUGAACUCGAUCGGCGUCAUCCUGACCGGGCUCGGUAUCAUAAUUCCGUUCGCAGUGCGCCGCUCCAACUCGCCGGCGAACUGCAAGGUGUACGUCACCGAGCGCAUCUAA